AUAAAAACUUCAGCAGCGGCCUCCUUAGAGAGGAAGCACAUUUCAUCUGCUCUCUCAGAGAAGUCUCUGCAGCAACCAUGGCCGCCUUUGUGGAGCUCAGGACCAAAGCCAAGAUGCCCAUCGUGGGCCUGGGCACCUGGAAGUCUCCCCCAGGCAAAGUCAAGGAAGCUGUGAAGGCAGCCAUUGAUGCUGGGUACCGCCACAUUGACUGCGCCUAUGUGUAUCAGAAUGAGAACGAGGUGGGAGAAGGGAUCCAAGAGAAGAUCAAAGAGAAGGUUGUGAAGCGGGAAGACCUCUUCAUCGUCAGCAAGCUGUGGUCCACUUUCUUUGAGAAAAGCCUGGUGAAGAAAGCCUUUCAGAAAACCCUCUUGGAUCUGAAACUGGACUAUCUGGACCUGUAUCUAAUUCACUGGCCACAGGGAUUUCAGGCUGGGAAUGAGAUAAUACCUACAGAUCCAAAAGGCAAAGUGAUCAUGGGUAAAUCCACAUUCUUGGAGGCCUGGGAGGUCAUGGAGGAACUGGUGGACCAGGGGCUGGUGAAAGCUUUGGGCGUCUCCAACUUCAACCACUUCCAGAUUGAAAGGCUCCUGAACAAGCCUGGACUCAAACAUAAGCCAGUGACCAACCAGGUUGAGUGCCAUCCAUACCUCACUCAGGAAAAGCUGAUCCAGUACUGUCACUCCAAGGGCAUCACCAUCACAGCCUACAGUCCCCUGGGCUCACCAGACAGACCUCAUGCCAAGCCAGAGGACCCAUUAGUUCUGGAGAUCCCCAAGAUCAAAGAGAUCGCUGCGAAGCACGGGAAAACCGCAGCUCAGGUUCUGAUUCGGUUCCACAUCCAAAGGAAUGUGGCGGUGAUCCCCAAGUCUGUGACCCCCUCCCGCAUACAGGAAAACAUCCAGGUCUUUGACUUCCAGCUGAGUGAUGAGGAGAUGGCUGUGAUCCUCAGCUUCAACAGGAACUGGAGAGCCUGUAGCGUGUUCGUCGCAGCUGACGAAGAGGACUAUCCUUUCCACGCUGAAUUCUGAAGCUGGCUCGCUUGACGGAGACCCUCUUCCUUGUGUGAAACUCACUCUUCCUGAGUCCGAUUUUAGCCAAGUUUUUCGAAAGCUAAUCUCAAU